AUGUCUUUGUGUAAAUCAGAUGAUGCCUCUAAGCAAACAGAGACAUUGAAUUUUGAGAAAAAUGAAGACUCGGCUAAUAAAACGACUGAGCCAGCUGCACCAUCUGACUCCAAAUGUAAAUCACUAGAAGCAACUGAUUCUGAGAAAUUGGAAUCAGUUGAUUCUCGUGAAUCCAGCUGUGAGUCUUCUGGAGCAGCCAACUCAACAGCAGAGGAUUCAGCAGAGCCACUACAAAAUGAAAGUAACUCAAGUGGUUCAGCUGAAUCAAGUAGUGAAACAGUGACUGAGCCCACAACGUCUGAAAUUGAAACAAUAAGGCCGGUUCCUGAUUUUAAUUGUGUGAAUGCUACUGAUGCCUCUACUUCAUGUGCAGAUGAGGUAAAAGUAGAGGAUUGGGUUGAGGGGGAUGAUAUUGUUUGCCAAAAGGCUAACGAUGUUUGUUCUAAAACAUCAAAUUUGUCUGUUGAUGCUCCUCCAUAUGUGAGAAAGGUUGUUUCUGAGCCAGCUUUGAGAGGUCCUUCAAAUAAAUAUGUGCCUCCAAAGCCAACAAUUAGAAAUGAAAAUGCUAAAUCUAGUGAAUGUACUAACUGUUGUAAACAGAGACAUAUGAAGCAGGCUGUAAACAAAUCAUCCAACAAAUCUUAUAACUCAAACUCAUCAUCAGUUGGAUCGAAUGGAUCGGGAUAUGCUCCUUACGUAAAGAAGCAAACAUGCUACAACUGCGGCAUACCUAGUCAUAUUGCAAGGAAUUGCACACAUCAUCCCUAUGUGUCAUACUAUACACAACAUCAGAGGGUUACACCAAGGGAUCGAUCUUAUUCUAAGCCUAUGAAGGUGGAAAAGCCUAAGGCAAUGAUGAGUAAGCGUCCCAAGGUUAAACUAUCUGAUGGGGAUUGA